AAAUGAUUUUCGUUGAGCCGGAUCAAUAACAAGUGAAUUGUUUAUGUGCCUAAAUUUUCAAUCAUCAAUCAAAAUUGAAAAGAAAAUCAUUAUGGUUAAUUACGAGAAAGAAUUGGCUGAUUAUGGUAAGAAUGGAUUUGCGGUGAUUGAUAAUUUCUUGACACCCGAAGAGGUUAAAAUGCUUAUGGAUGAGGCUAAAUCAUUGAUCGACAAUUUGGACUUAUCGGAGCAUCGACUUUGUGCCAUUCCCGGAAGUCCACAACAGACCACCGAUUAUUAUUUUGCUUCAGCUGGUAAGGCCAACUUUUUUUUCGAGCCAAAAGCUUUUGAUGGUGAAGGAAAUUUGAUUCUACCUCGGGAAAAGUGUGUCAUGAAAUUGGGACACGGACUUCACUUGGGUAAUAAGACUUUCGGUUCAAUUGGACAUACAGAUCGAGUUCGAGCCAUUAUGAAGGGAAUCGGUUAUGUAGAGCCCGCUAUAGUUCAAGGUAUGCUCAUCUUUAAACAUCCACGGGUCGGAAGUGAAGUGACCCCUCACAAGGAUACGGAAUUUUUAUUCAGCGAACCAGUUGACAAGGUUUGCGCUCUUUGGAUUGCACUGACCGAUGUGGUCCGAGAAAACGGAUGCCUUGAGGUUAUUCCAGGUUCUCAUGUAGAUUCAGCUCAUCGCAGGUACAUAAGGACCGACGAUGAGACAGGAUCAAGAGCCGAAUUCAAUGGACCCGUUAAAGAAUACGAAGAUUCCGCUUUUGUACCAGUUCUGGUUCCUAAGGGUUCGUGCCUUGUAUUUGACGGUAAACUUGUCCAUCGGUCCAAAUCAAACCUCUCCGAUAAACCAAGGCCAGCCUACGUUAUCCAUUUUACCGAUGAACAUGAAACCAAAUGGUCACCCGAUUGUUGGCUUCAAUUGUCCAAACCUUUCCCUCGAGUUAACGGUUAGAUCAAAAAAGAAAAAAUUUCUCGAAAAAAAUUACCCGCGAAAAACAAACUGUCCUAUUAUUAUCAUUUACUAUCCUAAAGAUUUCAAUUUACUAACCACAAUUAAAAUAUCUCAUUGAUUUCCCUGCAA